AUGGGUUCCAUCGAAACCAUUUAUGAUACACGGGAAGUCUUCCAGCUGACUCAACUGGAGCGGAUUGGACCCAAAGGUUACCUGCGUUAUGUUUUUCCUUUCCAUCUAGAAGCCAACUACGACGUCGAUGAAGUUGCAAGAGUCCUUCAGGUCGGAUAUGACGCUCUUUCCCAGAGAAUACCAGAAGUUGCUUGCGAGGCCGUUCCAGAUACCGAUACAACGCAGAAAGGAGUAAUGAAAUUCCAGUUAAUGCAAAAGGGUAGCGGCACACGCAUAGUUGUCAAGGAUUUACGCAGCUCUUAUCAGCCUACGUAUGCGGAAUUGAAGUCGAAGUCUUUUCCCGUCGCUUCUUUCGAUGCCGAUAUAUUUUGCCCAAGAUCUGUGUGGCCUUCACCUGGGGAACAUCUCCCCAUAUCUUUGAUUCAGGCCAACUUCAUUCAAGGGGGCUUGAUACUUUCGUGGUGCAUUUUGCAUAUGGCAGGCGAUGGCACGUCCUUUCAUACCUGGACUAAGGUUUGGGCAGAGGAAUGCCGUCGUGCCCAGGGACUUGAUAUACCUCAACCUGUCGAGCUUGCGGAUGCUAUCUGCAAAGAUCGAGAAUCAGUGAUGAAAUCUUCGGGUCGCAACAAGGGAGAUAUUGAAGAUCAUCCAGAAUGGACUCUUCUCCCAUUCACGCCACCUGGAGCGCCACCUAAAAUGGUGUCACCGAAUCAUCGGGGCCAGGUUUUCUAUUUCUCCCCGGAAUCAUUGGAAGCUCUUAAGGCAGAGGCCUCUCCAAGCAAUGCCACUGAGCCAUCGGACCAAAAAUGGAUAUCUACCAAUGAUGCUCUUUCCGCGCUACUCUGGCGCACUGUGAUGGCGGUACAGUCACCAUUGGAAUCUCUGGAAGGAGACCCUGUCUCUCUAUUCAAUAUUGCCAUUGAUGGAAGACUGCGAACAAGUCCCCAAAUACAUCCAGAGACACUGGGAUGCUUCCUUGAGUAUGUCGCAGUGUCGGCACCUAUUCGUAACAUGCUGAGCACUCCGAAUAUUGCCGAUCUUGCGGUACAGAUCCGCAAAGCUGUUCUUCGGGCAGAUGAUCAGUUUAGCGAUGAUAUGGUGAGUCUUGUGGAGAAAGUUGAGGAUGUCGAUAGGCUGGUUCCGACUGCAUUUUUGGAUGUCCCUGGAAUAAUUGCAUUUUGA